AUGGGGUUGACACAAUCCAUUGGCAUCGACGCACACGUCACCAAGCAAGUCAAAUCUCCAGUCAUACGAAUCAACCUUGCCGAAGAAACUGGCCAGACUCUUUUAUGGCGAAUCUUGCAGAACGACAACAUUGCUGCAGUGCACAUGGGGCCUCCCUGCGGCACUUCAAGCCGAGCCAGAGAGAUCAAACACAAGCGGCGGUACAAUCCGCCACCGUUACAUUCUACAGCUCACCCAGAUGGACUCUGUACACUGACAGGUGCAUCUUUGGAGAAAGUGCGUGCAGCCAACCGACUGUACCUACUCUGCAGCCAGGUCAUGGAGUGGGCCACAGCCAAUGGUAUCAUAGCAUCCAUUGAGAACCCACUUCGCAGCCAUGCUUGGGCCACCUCCUACAUGCAGAAUUGGGCAACUGCAACCGAAGUGGAAUAUCCACAUCAGCUUUGCCAAGCUUGGGCACAAUGUCUUUACAGAUGUUUCCUUUCCCUUGGUGCCAUUGAGUCGCCUCAAGAACUCGUUCCCAACAGCGACAUCUCUUUGGUGCAGGCUAGCAAAGUGGCAACUGGCACACAACCUCGUGGCAAGAAGCUCAAACCCCUCAUGAGGGAGUAUGAUUAUUUCCUAACCAUACAAGGGCCCCAGUGCGUCCUAACCGAGCUUCCUACUAAGUGCAACAGUGAUACUCCAGUUCCCACUACUUGCACAACGUCGCCACACAGCUCCUACAUUCCUGCUCAAGCCAAACGCAUCAAACUUCCUUACCAAGUGGGGGAGAAAGCCGAAUUUGACAGAUGGGAGACAGUCUAUGGAAUUGCGUGGACACCACAAGCAUUCAUUGCAAGAGCGGCAGGCCGAUCACACCCAGGCCAUUUCCUCGACGGUGUACACCCAGUACUCAAGAGCAUGUUUGACAGUGGAGCCAACAAAUCACUUUCUUGCAGGGCGAAAGAACGAUCUGAACAGAUGAGGAAAUGGAUAACCAGAGCGUCUGAACUGGCUAGAGGCGUAGAAGAUGGCAAAGGUGACUCGCCCUGCCAUGCCAAGGCCAUCUUAGCCAAGAAAAACUUGAAACUGUUUGAGGAGAUGAUCAGCGCCUCUGGAUCUCCAGACAUUGGACUGGCCAAGGACGUUGCCCGAGGCUUCAACUUGAUGGGAGACAUACCAACCGGGUCAAUCUACCCAGACAGGCCCUCGUACGCCACCCUCUUGCCAGAACAAGUUAGGCGCAUGGCUGAUGUUGCCAGACCGGCAAUUUGGGAGGCGGCCAAAAAGAUCAUGGAUCCAGAAGUCGCCGUUGAAGUGCACCGCAUCACCCUCGAGGAAAGAGACAAGGGCUGGCUGCGGGGCCCGUUUGCACCCCAGGAUCUCCCCAAGGAGGCAAUCUUGACCAGGAGGUUUGGAGUGAAGCAGUCAUCCACCUUAUCAGACGGAAGUCGCACAAUGAAGGUGAGACCGACUGAUGAUUUUUCAGAGAGUUUGGUCAAUUCAACAAACUCUUGUGCUGAAUCGAUCCAACCAAUGGCUGUGGAUUCCAUCCUUGCAACAAUGGUAUACAGAGAUCGUUCCUGGGGCCACGAGAAGCUCACUGGAAAGACGAUUGAUUUGCGAAAGGCUUACAAAAAUCUUCCACUGGCUACAGAAGCCCUGGGAGACGCGUACUUGUGCGUCAUGAACCCCGAGACGGGCGAACCUGAAGCCUUCCAAACCCUAGUGCUUCCAUUCGGAGCAAGGGCGGCGGUCAUGGGUUUCUGCAGGACGUCAUAUGCCCUCUGGCGCAUUGGUGUCAGCCUUUUUGGGCUUCACUGGACUGUCUUCUUUGACGACUACUUCUUGGUGGCAUCAGAGCUUGAAGAGCGUCAUGUUGACAUGGCUCAACGUCUGUUGUUCCAGAUUUUGGGAUGGGAGACGUCGUCAGAAAAGGAGGCCGAGUUCAGGUCAAUAUCCAAGAUCUUGGGCGUACAGAUCGACUUGUCAGAUUCCAAAGCCGGCCAACUGACCUCAGCUGAGAUGAGAGUGCUCCGUGGUCGUUUAAUCUUUGCGGAGAGCCAAAUAUUUGGACGCCUGUCGGGGCUGCACAUGCAAAACCUCAGCCGGUGGGAACACGCUGUCGGCGCUGCGCCAAUCGAUGCUGGACUCAAAGUGAGCCUGAUGUUUCUUAGAGACAGAGUUGUGAGGGGAGAGCCUCGCACGGUGGAUUCUGGGAUUGGCAAAGUUUUCCAUCUCUAUACUGACGCCUGCUAUGAAAAUGGCCAAGGAGGCCUUGGUGGCGUUCUCUACAAUGAACUUGGAGAAAUGCUUUCAUACUUUUCUGCCCAUGUGACAGAAGCCCAAGCCGCUCGGUUGAAUCCCCUGGGAAAGGAUACCAUCAUUUUUGAACUUGAAGCCUUGGCAGCAUUGACUGGAACCACACUCCUACUGCACUCAGCAGCGAUCAGCCCCGCAGACAGGAUAGUGGUCUUCUUGGACAAUGAUGGUGUCCUGGGUAGAAUCAUCUCUGGAAGGAGUGGACUUGGCCUUGAUGGGCAGAUAAUUCAAGGCAUCUUGGAAUGGGAACAAUCCCUUCGAUCAGUUGUUUGGUAUGAAAGAGUUCCAUCAGCAGCCAACAUUGCAGACCUCCCGUCAAGGGAGAUUCUUGAUGGGUUCGAUGUGAACCUUCAGAUUGACAUCGAUGUC